AUGGCACCCAAGAACAACGCCAAAGGCGGCGACAAGAAAGGUGCUGCAGGCAAAGGCAAGGGCAAGGACGCUGGCAAUGAUGACAAGAGCAAAGUCAAGGGCGCACAGUCUAUCAACGUGCGGCAUAUCCUAUGCGAGAAGCACGCCAGAAAAGAAGAAGCCAUGGAGAAACUCCGUAAUGGCACCAAAUUCGACGAGGUCGCUCGCGAGUUUUCAGAGGAUAAGGCGCGGCAGGGAGGCUCAUUGGGUUGGAAGACCAGGGGUGACCUGGACCCGGCCUUUGAGAAGAUCGCCUUUGAAUUGGAGCCUAGUACCACGGCGAAACCCAAGUAUCAGGAGGUGAAGACGGGCUUUGGGUAUCAUAUUAUCAUGGUGGAGGGACGCAAGUGA